AUGACGCUGAAGCUCUGCGUUGCACUUGUGGACACUGGCGGAGGCCAGGAAGAAGCUGUCCUGUUGGCCCUGAACUCGGCGGCGAUUCAUCGGAACGGCCAGAUGGCUUCAUUUGAUCAAAAUAUUUAUUUUGGGUGUGAGCUUAAUUUGGUCGCGCAAGUCUAUCCAAUUUGGAUGCUGAAGUUGAAAGUCUCAACACUUCCGCCUCGAUCGAGCGGGCACACGAGCCAACAACGCCAUCCACCAAGUGCUGCUGCUGCAGUACCUGUUACUUAUUGUACAGGACACGUUCACGUGGAGCCGCUGCCGGACGGAAUGCACUUGUAUGGGCAUCAUCUGCUUGAGGCAUUCGAUGGAAACGACAUGGAGGUUACGGCUCUAGGCAUUGACUCCACUGGCUAA